UCUACAGGAAUCGGAGUUUAGCGGGUGCUGAGAUUUUAAAGAGAACCCUCGGUACCACCACCCCACGCACGUAUUACAGUUAUUAUUUUCUAUCAGAAUUCGGCGUGCUUAUGACCACGUUUAACCGUUGUUAAACAUUUAGAUUCUGAAUCAUGUCCAUUUAAAGAUCUCAAUACUUAAUCUGUUAAUACUUGUGUGGGAGGGCCCGUCAGUUAUCCACUCCCGUCCUUUGCAGGGUGGCAGAGGGAGAGAGAGACAUGCUUUUCUGGGUGAAUUUGGGCAACCCCCACCUCUCACCGUGUCACUUUCCCAGGACUUGGUGUUAAACUUUUAAAAUGGAACGGUAAAAACAGGAGGAAUGCCCCUGUGGGACCACUUUUCACAGUAGAUUUUGGUGUUUGGGACAGACCCUGGGCAAUCUCUCUUGGCCUGGCCACCAGCUUCCAGGUCUUCGUGUUGUGGAGACAAGAUGGACAGAUUCCUGGUGAAGGGGGCUGUCGGGGGCCUUAAGAGAAGGAUGGAACAAGAGCAGACUGGAGGAGGCCCAGCAGGGUUGGCAGAAGAGGAGGGAAACAAGAAAAACCUCAGAAGAGCAGCCCCGGGGAAUGAAGUUGACUCAGCAGGCCUCAGCUGGCGGCGCAUUCAAGCCGAGGGCCUGGACUGCGAUUACACAGUCCUGUUUAGCAAAGCUGAAGCAGACGAAAUUUUCCAAGAGUUGGAGAAAGAAGUGGAAUAUUUUACAGGUGCGCUGGCCAGGGUCCAGGUGUUCGGGAAGUGGCACAAUGUCCCAAGGAAGCAGGCGACAUAUGGCGACACUGGGCUGACCUACACCUUUUCAGGCCUCACUCUGUCCCCAAAGCCCUGGAUCCCCGUUCUGGAGCGUGUCCGGAAUCGUGUUUCUCUGGUGACUGGACAGACUUUCAACUUUGUGCUCGUCAACAGGUACAAAGACGGCCAGGACCACAUUGGUGAGCACAGGGAUGAUGAGAGAGAACUGGCUCCCGGGAGCCCCAUCGCCUCUGUCUCCUUUGGGGCCUGCAGAGACUUCUUCUUCCGGCAUAAGGAUUCUCGGGGGAAGCACCCCUCCCGGAGGCUGGCGGUGGUCAGGCUCCAGCUGGCCCAUGGCAGCUUACUCAUGAUGAACCACCCAACCAACACUCACUGGUACCACAGUCUCCCGGUCCGAAAGAAGGUUCUGGCUCCCCGGGUCAACCUGACAUUUCGGAAAAUCCGGCCUACUACAAAGUGAACAGCGUUGUUAACAGCAAGUGCUUCUGUUGGCUCCUUCGCGCUCCACUCCUCGAGGGAGCUGCUGUUUCUUUUACCAACAGGGAACACGGAACGGGUUUCACCCAAGCGCAGGGCUUCUUAUGGGUACAACGCAGAACUCAGAGAAAGAGGACAUUGGUGUCAUACUGGUGAAUUACGAAAGAAUACCAGAUGAUGUUUUUCCUAACAAAAUGAUUCUUUUAUUGCUAUAAUACAGCAGAUACAAAAGGUACCUUUAGCAAAUACAUAAAUCAACAGUUAUUACGGCAUAAACUAUGAGUUUGACUCGGGUUUUUGCAAAAAGAAGUGACUGUAAAGAACUGAAUGCUAGAAAUAAGGUUAUUUGGCUGCUAACUAACGCCUAAUAAUUUACAAUGUGAGGAAGCCACCCUGAAGUCGGGGGUAGAGAAUGUGCCAGGAGAUCAUUCCCAUUUAUGGCCGUAGCCGUGGCUCAGUCCCUGGCCUCUGACCAAGGGUCUGCUUACAACCAAACAUUCAAAGGAGGCACUGUUCACGCCCGGCACCUCUUUGAUGGCAGGUUUCAGAGUACAUGGUGGCAGAAGGGCAGGUGCACAAAGCUACGGCUUGGUCAGGCAGGUGAAGGCCACGUGACCUGGGCACGUGUUGCCCCAGGCUCGGGUAUCAUGGGGACGCUCCUUUCACCAUCAGAGCUGGGGUCUGCGACGAAGUCGGGAAGGGACAUCUGCGGGAGCAGAGCAGAAGCUUCACACUGCUCCCUUCUCCCUGAUGCUCACGGUCUGGAGAACCUUCACAGUCUGUUUCUGUCCAUAGCAGGACUUCCCAGUCCUCGGGACGCACACACACCUGGCCCAGUGGAAUGGGGACUGCCCAGGCCUCCGGUGGAUUCAGCUGACACCAAGGUCUUGUCUGGGAGUGUCACCAGCCCGCCCACCAGGGGAAGCAUGGUCCUCAGCCUGACCUCAGGUGACCUGGAUGCACCUGAUUCCAAAUCUUACCUCUGAGGAGUCAGUCUGGAUUUGGUAUCCUUUCUUUUUUAAAGAAAAAAAUCUAGCUAAAACAGAGAUACCGCUAUGUCCUCGAAAUUCCUUUGGCCCUGGGCUGCCUUCAUGAGACUUACCUGAGGAUGGGGGAGGAUGAUCAGAUGGGGCCUUCUGCAUGAGGUACUGGAAACCAACACGUGUAGAAUAUGGGUCUAGGACAGGAUGAUGGGGCUAGGUGUCAGCCGCCGUUGUGUGUUUCAGAAGUUUUCUUAAACUUCUUUCUUCCUUUUUUGUGGGAUGGGCUGGACUUUGACGGCCAUGGAAUUGAACUCUUUACUUUACAGAUGAGGAAACCGAGGUGUGGAGAGGUGGCGGCCCCGAGUGAGGUCUGCACCCUUCCUUCUGAAUCCAGUCCUCGCGCGGAGGCCAGGAUUGUCUGUCUGUUAUGGCCCCCGGCUUCACCUGUAAACCUCAGGAGCUCCACGUGAGCAACAAAUAAAUGGGUGAGAGUAAUGGUCCAUGGUGGGUCCUGGCGUGAGAAAGGGUUUUCUAUGGAGCAGGGUGGUCGUGGGUACAGUGUGGAGGCCGCCAGGUUCUGGCUGUCCAGGCAGUUAUGUAAUAAGUGGUGGCCACACCUCUCAGAGUCCAGGACACGCAAGAUGACAGCAGCAAGGAUGGUCACUUGUCACUGAUGAAGUAGGAAAGAAUUCCCCUGAGGGGCGGGUUUGGCAGAUGAGCUUUCACUACAUAUAAAGACUCUGAAAGGUUAGAAAAAGACAUACAAAAGGGGAAGGCGGGUGUGCGCCAGGCGUCUUCUGAAUUGUCCCGUUGCUCUCCAUUCGGUCACUUUGGAACGAUCAGAGCUUUGCAAAAAUUGUUCAUGUGACUCCCAGAUGAGGUCUGUUUUCCAGAAGGGACGGGCUACAAAAGCAGUUGAGAGUGAAAGGCACUUUUUUUUUCUUUGAGAUUGUUGCCUUUAAUGAUUUCACUAAUUCAUCCGUUUUCGUGGGCCUUGCUUGCUUAUUAAAAAUAAAAGAUCUACACUGAAGCCCUGGAGGAUCAGACAGAUA